AGUUUUAAUUAAGUUGUGUGCAUAUAUGCACUUACUAUGGAAGGUCCUUUAGGUGUUAGAAAAGGAGCCUGGACUGAGGAGGAAGACGAUCUUCUCAAAAGGUGCAUUCAGAGGUAUGGAGAAGGGAGAUGGCACCAAGUUCCUGUGAAAGCAGGCUUGAACAGGUGCAGGAAAAGUUGUAGACUAAGGUGGCUGAAUUAUCUAAAGCCAAAUAUCAAGAGAGGGAAAUUUGAAGAUGAUGAAGUUGAUCUCAUUAUAAGGCUUCAUAAGCUACUAGGAAACAGAUGGACUCUUAUUGCCGGCAGGCUCCCCGGAAGAACUGCCAAUGAUGUUAAAAAUUACUGGAAUUCUCACAUUCGAAAAACGGUUGGGUAUUGCACCAAGAAAGGUCAUAAAGAUGAUCAGAAGACAGCCCAAAUCAAGGUCAUAAAGCCUAAACCUUGGACCUUGCCCAGACGUUUAGCCGGGCCGUCAAAGCCAGAGAAUGAAAUUUUGUUGUGGGAAAGUUUGCUUGACGGGAACCAAAAUGAGGAAGGGAUGAUUGACACUUCCAUGAAUAGUUUCCAAGAUCAAUCCGUUACAGAAUUGUUGGGGAAAGAAACAUCAGCGGCAACGGAGGAGAUGGGAAGGCCUUUGGUUGAAGAAGGGUUAGGUAGUUGGAUGGACUUGGUUGUUGAUUUCGACCUAUGGGAUCUUUUAAAGUAGGACAACAAAACAUGGAAUAAUGAUUAUCGUAGUAUAGUUUUUAUGUAUGUUAUUUAUAUGAGAUUUGUGAUUUUUCAUAUGUAGUAUGUAACCGACGAUUUAAAUAAUUUGGUGAUCAUCUCUUUUCACCGAAAAUAUAAAAUUUUGAGUUCA